AUCCUCUUCAUCCCCCGUCUCUGUCCUUCAUCUUCAAACUCUCCACUUGAAACCAAUCAUCAACUAACUUAAUUGUCCCUGUAGAUUGGGACAAUUCAUCAUCCUUGAGCGCUCCCAUCCCACUUCCCCUCCCACUCCAACUAGACCCGCGGUGAUGGGUGGAGCCAUGCCCCGACAAGCCCCCAGCGGCUUUCCCCGGACCCCCGAAGGCCCCGUCGGCCAGCGUAUCCAAUCCAUCUACACCGACCGUCUCAAGCAAUUUACGUCCUCUGGUCAAUACGAGGGACAGAACCUCCUCUCCAAGUUCUACGAGGCUGUCAAUUCCGACGAAGACCAUGUCAAGCUUUCCGUAUACUCCGUCCCCGACCUCCAGCGUCCACCUUUCAAAGAAGCCACAUCCCAUGAGUUUAAGCCAACCCACAUCGGGGCAUCGUUCGGUCCAAGCUGGUCCACCCAUUGGUUCCACAUCCGCUUGACAGUCCCCAAGGACAUGCGGGAGAAAGAACGCCUGGAGUUCCAUUGGGAUGCCAACAACGAGGGCUUGAUCUGGUCGGAAGACGGUCGGCCUCUUCAGGGCCUCACCGGUGGGAAUGAGCGUAUCGAGUGGAUCAUCCCCGACGCCUGGCGCGACGGAGAGGAGCACGUCUUCUAUAUCGAGAUGGCCUGCAAUGGCAUGUUCGGUAACGCACCUGGCGGAGACUCCAUUCAGCCGCCCGCUCCGGAUAAGUAUUUCACCUUGAGCAAGGCGCAGAUCACUGCAGUCAACCUCGAAGCUCGGGCGCUGUUUUAUGAUUUCUGGAUUAUAGGAGAUGCGGCGAGAGAGUUCCCAGGAGACUCGUGGGAAAAGCACGAGGCCAACAUGGUGACCAAUGCUAUCAUUGAUGCUUUCAUUGCGGGCGAUGGAAGCCAAGAAUCUAUCAAAGAGGGCCGCAAAAUCGCGAGAAAGUAUAUCGGAGACAAUGUCGACUCUUCAAUGGUGUAUGAGACCGACACGGAUCCGAUUGUCUACGCAAUCGGGCAUUGCCAUAUCGACACUUGCUGGCUCUGGCCUUGGGCGGAAACAAAGCGUAAGGUGGCCCGAUCCUGGUCAAACCAGUGUGACCUGAUGGACCGGUAUCCGGAGCAUCGCUUUGCUUGUUCUCAAGCACAGCAGUUCAAAUGGCUGAAGGAAUACUAUCCCUCUGUCUUCGACCGCGUGAAGCAAUGGGUUAAGAAGGGGCAUUUCCAGCCUAUUGGUGGUAGCUGGGUGGAACACGACACCAACCUGCCAAGCGGAGAGUCGUUGGUGCGACAGUUUCUUUACGGGCAACGCUUCUUUGAGAGUCACUUUGGAGAACGCUGCACAACCUUUUGGCUGCCAGAUACCUUCGGUUAUUCAACGCAGAUCCCCCAGAUCUGCCGUCUUGCGGGGAUGAGCCGGUUCUUCACUCAGAAGCUCAGCUGGAAUAACAUCAACAAUUUCCCCCACACCACCUUCCAAUGGGUCGCUCUGGAUGGAAGUCAAGUCAUGUGCCACAUGCCUCCAUCGGAGACUUAUACUGCAAGUGCCCAUUUCGGCGAUGUCAAACGCAGUGUAACCCAGCACAAGUCAUUAGACAAGGACAAUACAUCACUCUUGGUCUUUGGAAAGGGUGACGGCGGAGGUGGCCCAACCUUCGAACAUCUGGAAAAGCUGCGUCGUUGCCGCGGAAUGAGUGACAAGGUUGGCUUGCUUCCUCGCGUGAAAAUGGGAGAGUCCGUCGACGAUUUCUUUACACGACUUGAACAGAAGGCUGAAGAUGGUACCAAAUUCGCAACCUGGUAUGGUGAACUGUACUUUGAGCUUCAUCGGGGCACGUACACCACGCAGGCCAACAACAAGCGAAACAACCGCAAGUCGGAGUUUUUGCUAAGGGAGAUCGAAUAUCUCGCCACACUGGCAACUCUUCACGGAGACAAGGGUUAUCGGUACCCCAAGAAGGAGAUUGAUGAGAUGUGGGAGGGUGUGCUCUUGUGCCAAUUUCAUGACUGCCUUCCUGGAAGCUCUAUCGAAAUGUGCUAUGAUGACUCCGACAAACUCUACAAGCAAGUCUUUGAGACGGGCCAGAAGGUCAGGAAGGAAGCGCUUCGAGCUCUGGGGAUUGGCAAGAAGACCAGCAAGGACUUCAUUGCGCUCAACACCCUGCCUUGGCAACGCUCCGAAGUGGUCAGAAUUCCUGCUGAGUCUGUAGCAUCGGGUGGUCCGAAGUAUGCAUUGGUCAGUGGAGAAACUGGUCUCAUUCGGUGUCAAGUGCCUGGGCCUUCCAAGACAGCGCCUGCUGUUACAGUCUCCGAAAUCAAGCCCGGUAUCUUCCGCCUGCAGAACACAAAUCUCAGAGUCGAUGUCCAAAACGGGGUUAUUACGUCUUUGUAUGACCUUGAAGCGGAGCGCGAGAUCAUUCCUAAGGGCGGAAAGGCCGGCCAGCUAGUUAUUUUCGACGACAAGCCGCUCUACUGGCAGGCGUGGGACGUGGAAGUUUUCCACCUCGACUCCAGAAAGGAGCUGCACUCGGUGAAGACCGCCAUUUCCGAGAAAGAUGCUUAUCGCGUCAGCGUUGUCAGCGAAACCAGGAUCAGCGAGAACAGUUGGGUAAAGACUACUAUCAGUCUCGCUGCUGCCAACGGGGACCAACCCUCAUAUGUUGAAUUCGAGAGUGAGGUCGAAUGGCGCGAGACAAUGAAAUUUCUCAAGGUCGAGUUCCCUGUAGACAUCACCAAUACGGAAGCGUCGUAUGAGACACAAUAUGGGAUCAUCCGGCGUCCAACGCAUUACAAUACCAACUGGGAUAUGGCCAAGUUCGAAGUAUGCUGCCACAAGUGGGCUGAUUUGUCCGAGUACGGCUAUGGAGUCUCGAUUCUCAACGACUCGAAGUAUGGCUUCGCCACUGCCGGCAAUCUCAUGCGUCUCUCGCUGCUACGCGCCCCGAAGGCGCCAGAUGCCCACGCAGACAUGGGCCGGCAUCAUAUCCGCUAUGCCAUCCUACCACACACAGGACCACUGGAUGCACGCACAAUUCGAGCCGGGUAUAGCUUCAACCAUCCUCUUGUUCUUGAGCCUGCCAGCGGCCAGGAAGCCGGCGAUGCAUUCAAAUCGCUCGCGCUCUCGGGCAACCCGUCGUUGGUAAUUGAUGUGGUCAAGCGUGGCGAAGACGAUGAAGACGUGUCCCGGGACAACCUGCCUCGGCGUUCUGGUAGGAGUGUCAUCCUCCGUGUCUACGAGUCGCUCGGAGGCAAGAGCCGCGGCACCAUCCAUACCAAGCUUCCCAUCACCAAGGCGUGGAAAUGCAAUGUCCUUGAGGACGACGAGACUCCUCUGACGCUUACACAGCGCGCUGAGGGAGCGACGGAUAUUGAGAUCGAGCUGAGGGCUUUUGAGGUAGCGACGUACCGUCUGCAGCUGUAGUUUUGCCGUUUGAUAUGUCUGGGAUUAGUCUAUAGUGUCAAUCAUAACAUACCGCCACACAAUGAC